AACCAUGCCUGAACCCGCCAAGUCUGCGCCCAAGAAGGGCUCCAAGAAAGCCGUGACCAAGACGGCCGGCAAAGGAGGAAAGAAGAGGAGAAAGAGCAGGAAGGAGAGCUACGCCAUCUACGUGUACAAGGUGCUGAAGCAGGUCCAUCCUGACACCGGCAUCUCUUCCAAGGCCAUGAGCAUCAUGAACUCCUUCGUCAGUGACAUCUUUGAGCGCAUCGCCUCAGAGGCUUCUCGUCUGGCUCACUACAACAAGCGCUCCACCAUCACCUCCAGGGAGAUCCAGACCGCCGUGCGCCUCCUGCUGCCCGGGGAGCUGGCCAAGCACGCCGUGUCUGAGGGCACCAAGGCUGUCACCAAGUACACCAGCUCCAAGUAAACUGCGCUACCAACAUUACAACAACCCAACGGCUCUUUUAAGAGCCACCC